AUGGCAAAGGCAACCACCAUCAAAGAAGCACUCAAACGCUUGGAAGACCGUACGAAAACGAAUUCUUGUGAUGAAAAAGAGAUUGAUCUCUGUUUUCAGUGGCCACCUAUAGAAAAAAUGGAUACCACAUUCUCGACACUGACCGCUUGCCACAAACUAUCACUCUCAACAAACAUGAUCGAUAAAAUUUAUGGACUAAGCGGCAUGAAGAACCUGCGAGUGUUAUCUUUAGGACGCAAUUACAUCAAGGCCAUUUCCGGACUAGAAGGGGUCAGUGAUACGCUGGAAGAACUCUGGAUUAGUUACAACCUGGUGGAAAAAUUGAAAGGUAUUAGUGUUCUGAAAAAGCUGAAGGUCCUCUACAUGAGCAACAACUUGGUCAAGGAUUGGGUGGAAUUCAACCGGUUAGCUGAUUUGCCCAUGUUAGAAGAUUUACUUUUUGCUGGAAAUCCAUUGGUUGAAUCAAUGGAAGAGAGUAUCUGGCGAGCAGAGGCCAGCAAACGGUUACUGCCAUUGAAAAAGCUGGACGGUGAAACGGUUAUCCGAGAAGACGCUGAGUCCCAGAACCAACAAGGCACGGGACCGGUAGAAAAAUAA